AUGAAGGGCAAAUUGAGUAAAGACGGAAGGAACUGCAACGAGGAACUCAAAGGCAUGGUAAACAAACCCAAAGCCGAAGUCUCGAAGAAAAGAAGAGAACGGAUUGAUGAAGCUAUGAAGUGCUGCAUCCCGCCCGGGAGUGAAAAGAAGACUACUAAGGCCAAAAUACUACGGCCAACAGUACUACGGCCAACAGUACUACGGCCUAGAAUGUUCCUGCUAAAUAAGGCGGGUCUUGUACAAUGGGGAGACGCUAUGGGUAGUUGA